AUGUUUAAACCUAAUUUCUCAGGGUAAUCAAAAUCCCUCCCCUAAGAUGACUUUGAAAAGUAUAUCAAGACAACCUUAUAAGAAAAUUAUUACAUGUCUUGUUUAGAUACAUGUUUUACUGAUUACUCGACUCCCAUUUGUAUGAAAUUUCAUCUAUUUUUCAAUUAGCUGGACAAGAGAAAGUUUGUUUGGCCAAAUGUUUAGAUAGAGCUUACGACUCCUUGAGACUUGUCCAAAAGAUCAUUGAUCCCUUUGACAGUCUGAAACAAAAGAAGUUUUACUACAAAUUAGAUGGACAGAAUGUGUUAGGCUUGAAGAAGGAUUAAAUGUUAUGAUUAUUAAUUUAUUAUGAAAAUGUAGUUGUGCUUUGCAAUUUAUAUAUAUGCUCAACUGAGUGUGUAAGUACACUCAUAUCACAAUGUAUGCAAUAAAAAUAUAGGAAUAUAACAUGAGAAAUGCUCUAUUAUGAUGGAGAUUUGAUACUGUGGAACAUAUCAAUACUGCUACACUUUUU